AUGUCCUCAAAACCCACAAGCACAAGUCGGUCCUCCCGCCACGCCAGCUCCCCCCUCAUGGCCUCCAUCUUCUCCCUCUUCAGCCUCAAUCUCUUUACCUACAUCCUCUCCUACCUCAGCUGGGCUUCGCGGGUGCUCGCGCUGCGGUGGCGGCGCCUCAAGGAUGCGCUAUUUUACGAGAUGAUGCUGCUGCUGCUGCAGCCGAAUCCGGUGGUGCUGCUACUCAUGUGGCCCGGAUGGAUUGCAGUUGCGGGGGUGUGGUGGUGGUGGGGUAGGGAUGGGGGUGUGGCGCCGGUGGGAGUGUAA